UUUCAACAGUUUUGAGCUUUGGAGCAAACAAACACGAAAUCCUACGUUCCUCGGAUCCGUUCCCACUGCUCUGAUCUCUCUCUGUGAUGUUGAGUCCUCAAUAGGACACUGUAAAAGCGAAAACGAAACAAGUGAUUGUGCGUGACAUGAACUUUCGAAGGGAGAAUCGUGCAUCGAGAACAUCUCUCUUCGACGGGCUUGAUGGACUCGAGGAAGGUCGCUUGAGAGCUUCCUCUUCCUACUCUCAUGAUACCACCGAACGCGACAAUGACGAAGCCCUCGAAAGUCUUCAGGACAGAGUUUCCUUUCUUAAGAGGGUGACUGGAGACAUACAUGAGGAAGUUGAGAGUCAUAACCGCAUGCUUGACAAAGUGGGUAACAAAAUGGACUCGGCCCGGGGAAUAAUGUCAGGAACUAUCAACCGUUUCAAGUUGGUCUUUGAGAAGAAGUCGAAUCGAAAAAAUUGCAAACUCAUUGCGUAUUUUGUGCUCCUGUUCUUGGUCAUGUAUUACCUUAUUAGACUAUUAAACUACAUCAGAGGGUGAAAUUGGAUGCAAGAAGAAAGUAUAUUGUUUACAUCAAUACUCGUUUCGUUUCAUUUGUGGGUUUCUUCUCAUGAAUGAUUCAGGCAACUGGCAAAGGGACCCAUGUUAAUAACAAGGUCAAGAAAGAGAUUGUUGUCAAGCGACUAGUGAACCGAAAGAGAAGGGUAGAUAGAUGCAUGUUUUUUUGGUCCCAAGUACAAUUGUCUCAUUACCAUUUCGUAUGAUCUUUAUGAAUUGCCAACUA